GAAAAUAUAAUGAAAUAAUUACUAUUAACGAUUUAUAAUUAAUAGAAAUUGGAUAAUUAAGCUCAAUUAAUGAACGGAAAGGAAUCACUGAAAGUUAAUCAUUUGCGUGGUUGUGAAACUCAUCGAUUUAAAAUCAAUAUCGUUUCCAAUUAAAACCAACAAAGAAUUGAUAUCAAGUCAUAUUAAGACCAAUUUAAGAUAUUCACCGAAAUGGUUCAGAUGAGAUUAUGAACAUUGUAUUAUCAACAAUUAAAAGUAUUAUUAAUAAAAUGUUACCAAUAAUCAAAAUGAUCUACGAAAAUAUUACGACGAAAAGAUCACUUGUUAAAAAGUGUCAACCUCAAGAUUUAAUUGUCGCUUUUGAGAAACUUAAAUCAAUCGAAAGAUCAAAGUUUAUCAUCAACAAAUCGACGACUUCUAAAUUUCAACGAUUCAUGUGCUACUUUAUACUAAUUAUGAAUAAUAUUUUUCUCUCUCGGUGGUUGAUUCUAAGCCUGACGAACAAUAAAACUUUACAAUUUAUUCUCGGCGAUAAUUACACUAACCUGAGAGAACGAGCAUUCAUCAAUGUGAUGAUUUACAUCGCGAGUUAUCAAGGAAUGAUAAUGAGUUUUUACGUCAUUUGGCUCAACAAUUUCGUCGACAAGCCUUUCAUCAGCGUACUAAAAGACUAUGUCGAAGGAGUUAAAAGUUCGAGAAAAGUUUUCCACCUUUCAGACGAUCAUGAUUAUCUCUUUCGCAAAUGGUACACCAAUGGAAUCAGAAUUUAUCUCAUCUAUUCAUAUGGAUUCAUGUUCUACGAUUGUUUCCUUGAUAUCAUGAUAAUCGUGACAGAGCAGAAGGAUUUUGCAGCCAUGUUCGUUCAGAUAAUGUUAUUGUGUAUGAUUACUUUUAGUAUGCACUUCUCUUCAUUCAGUAAUAAUUGGUUCAUGUUUCAUUGGUUGAUAACUGUGCUAUUUACUUAUUGUCGGGUGGCUUCAUUCACGACCGAGUUUACCAAGCGGUUGUUAUGUUUACAAGAUCAGAAAAUAUUCAUUCUCGAACUGCAAAAGUUCAGCAAUUGGUUGGAUUCAUUUAAUCGGCAAAUCAAUCCACCGACUUUAUUCAACUUCUCUUAUACAUCUUUUUUUACCGUUGUUAUUGUUUAUUAUGGUUCGCAACACAAUUUCUCAAAUGCUGGAGUAAAUAUGAUGUUUCGAGGAGCGAGUAUUAUAUGUAUAACAUUUUUCUCGACCUUUUGUUUUUUAGCUUCGUUCAUCCCUCGAAAAGGGAAAAGAAUCCAUAUCAUGACCUACAACCUGUGUAAAUGUAAAACUAAAGACGUGCCAUUCAUGUUAAAGAGACUUGAAAUUCUGGAUCGAUUUUCAUAUCGAAACAUUGGUUUAUAUUUAAACGAAGGUACCUUGAUAUGUAACCAUUUCUCUAUUAUCUUCUUAAUGGAAUGUGUUACUUUGUAUCUACUAAUGUAUGCGAAUUUAAAUAGAUGAACAAUUAAAAGAUUGUGUGUGACCUUUGGCCGUUAACUGUUGACGAUUGUUCAUCAAUAAUCAUCAAUAAUGAUGGAAAACACGA